AUGCCUUAUCUCAUAGAACUCAGUGCUUCUCACAAUGAGUUGACUUCAUUUUUUGGUUUCAAGCCACCUAAGAAUCUUAAGAAGGUGGAUUUUUCAUUCAACAAAAUUCCUGAAAUGAAUGAUUUGUUUAGAUACAAAGGGCUUUCUAAACUAAUACUGGAUCAUAAUGAGAUAAAGGAGAUCAAAGGACUAACAAAUUGUAGUGCUCUAAGUCAUCUUAGCUUGGCACACAACAAAAUCACUAAAAUGGAGGGCUUCGGCAAGUUACCAAUCAAAAUACUCUGUCUGAGUAACAACCAGAUUGAGGAAAUAUCUUGUUUGGAAAACCUUAAAAUACUACAGAACCUGGACUUAUCUGGUAAUAAAAUCAGUAGAUUAAAAGGCUUAGAAAAUCAUGACCUUCUGGAAAUCAUCAACCUAGAAGAUAAUAAGAUUGCAGAGUUGAGUGAAAUAAAACACAUUGAAAAUCUGCCACUUCUACGGGUACUCAAUCUUUUAAAAAACCCUCUUCAGGAUAAAUCUGACUAUUGGCUCUUUGUCCUUUAUACAUUACCUCGACUAACAGAACUAGAUCGGAAGAAGAUUAAUGUGGAAGAAAAGGUUGAAGCAGAGAAUAAGUAUGCACCUCCCCCUGAAGUAGUUGCCGCUCAAGAUCAUCUGAAGAACAUUGUAUACAGCAUGAUGCAGCCUCAGAGGAUCUUUGAUAGCACCUUGCCUAGCCUGGACGCUCCUUAUCCCAUGUUGAUAUUAGUUGGUCCACAAGCCGGAGGGAAACGGGAACUUGCUCACCGCCUGUGCCGCCAGUUCUCGACUUUCUUCCGAUACGGUUCCUGUCAUACCACAAGACUUCCCUACUUUGGAGAAGGGGACCGAGUGGAUUAUAAUUUUAUUUCUGAGGAGGUUUUUACCGAAAUGCUGAACAUGGGAAAAUUUAUUUUGACCUAUAAGUAUAACAAGUAUAAUUAUGGACUAACUAGGGAUACGGUAGAAGGUAUUGCAAGAGAAGGCCUGGCAAGUUGUAUUCAUAUGGAUAUAGAGGGUGUAAGAAGUUUGAAACAUUCCUACUUUGAGCCUCGAUAUAUCUUGCUAGUGCCAAUGAACAAAGAAAAAUAUGAAGGGAAUUUACGGAGAAUGGGACUCUUCAGUCGUUCUGAGAUUGAAUUUUCUGUCUCGAGAGUUGAUUAUUAUAUUGAAAUAAAUCAAGAUUUUCCAGGUUAUUUUGAUGCAUUAAUCAAUACAGAUGAUCUAAAUACUGCAUAUCGGGAUCUGUGCCAGCUCAUUAAAGAAUACCUGGGUUUAUCUGACCAAGUUGGCAAGGAUAUGUCUGACAUCACAGAUUUUAGCAAGGAGGUAUAUGCCAGGAGAUCACCAGAAAAUGAAGAAUUUUUUUGGCACCUUUCUUCGAAUUCUCUAUUCAGUGAUUUUCUGGACUCCACAGACAGAAAUUAUGUUAUUAGCUUAUCAGCCAGACUUUUAGCAGAAGAAAUACCAGCGGAAAUAACUUCUAUGCAGAAACGGCGUGAGGCAGCCCGGCAAGCCCUAAUGGGAAAGGUUCCUGCAGAUCAUACUACCCUAUUUCAAAGGGGUCCAGUACCAACCCCAUUAUCAGCAAUCGCUCAUCUAGAUCGAACCUCGCCUACAAGGAUGUGGGCCAAGUCUAAGUUUGCUGAUGGGAUCUCCCUCACUCCCUCACUAUCCUUUUCUGAAGGAAGCAGUUACAGAGAAUCACUCCUUAUGUCUAAGGGUACUACAUUAACAUCUUUAGCUCAUUUUCCUGGAGAGUCAACUUUCAUAUCAUUAGAGACCCCAAGUCCUUUAAAGUCAGAUGCUUAUCUCGACAAAGAAACAAAAGAACAGAUAACUAAGUCUUCAUUUGAAUUAACUGAUAGAAAGUUAAAAGUGAGAUCUCCAGUGUACCAACCCAACAUCCGGUCAGGUCAGAACGUCAAAAUUGUCCUCCCUCCUAUUCCACAAUGCCGAAAAUAAGCCAAUGCCUA